AUGAAUCAAAGACCGAUUAGACCUUCGAGUGCUUAAUAGAAUGUAUCUCAUAUGAGUGAUAAGAAUGCCUCCUUUUUAAAGAAGUAAUAAAGUUAGAUUAUGAGUAGUCCAUAUAAGUAAGUGAAUCAAUAGAACGUUUCAUAAUAUAGAGUGAAGGAGAGUGAGAAAUUGAUAGAAGAUAACUAAUAAUUGAAGGUAUAGCUCAAUUAAUUCAAAGAUGAAAAUAUUAAAUUAAGAACACGCAACACAAACUUAGAAGUAUUAUUGCCAUGAAUCAUUUAGAAAGACCUUCAAAAAUGUUAAAAGAUAAUUGAAGAAGUAGAAGCAACUGGUAACAUGAAAAGAUUUUAUGCAAAACCAAGCACUGAUAAUUAAAUGAUAUUGAGUUUAAAAAGCUAAGUAAAAGAAUUGAGGCAAAUGUUAGAUCAAAGAGAAUAAGAUAUGCUAUAGCUUAAAAAAUCUGUUAAAUAUACUAGACUCACUGAAAUGGAAAUAGAACGCAAACACUUUUAGGAUGAAACCUUAAGGAUGAAAUAAAUUAUAGAAGAAUUAAUUCAAUAAAAUCUCUAUGCUCAAUAAAAAGAGAAGGAUUAAUAAAAAUUAUAGGAAAUGGUAUAAUAAAGGGAUAAUCUUAUUAAGUAGAUGCAAGAAGACAUAGAAUAAUUAGAAAUUUAAAAUAAGAAUUUAGAAUCUUAAUAGUAGUAACUUAUAAUAGGAUUUUAAGAUUUGGACAAAGAAUAUGUUAAAUUAGAUUAGAGUAUGUAAGCUAAAUUAAAAUCGAAAGAUAAGAUAAUAAAUGAACUUAAAAAUAAUUUAAAAAGGAUAUAAGAUUAAAUUGAAAAAGAAAAAAAAAUAACUUAGCAUUCAAAAGGUAAUUCUGCAUUAUAAACACAUAAUAAAUAAUAAAAACGUAUAUAAAGUGCAAAACCUUCUCUAUAAAUUACGAAACCAGUUUAAUAAGAAGAAAUUCAAGAUCUCAUUUAAGAAAUUAAAUAUAAACUAAUUGCUCUUUAGAAAAGCUCACAUCAAAUAGACAAUCUUUUAUUUAGUGAAACCUCAUAAUAAACUACUAUUUCAUAAUUAACAGAAAAAUUAAUUAAUGAUCCCUUUUUCUUAGAAAGGAUGGAUGCUUAAAAUUUGGCAAGAUUCUUGAUUGAAUCACCUCAAUAGAAAUAUCCCUAUACAUCAAAUAUGUAGAUUUCUUAAGAUAAUGGAUUGAUUCGAGGAUUAUUCUUUAAAACUAUAGGUUAUUGGGCUUGUUAUGAUUAAGUUGAAACUAAAGUAAUAGAAUCAAGUUUAGCAAAAGUAUUCUCUGGAACUUAUUCUCAAUUUUAAAAAUAAAUGAAUAAGAAAACUUACACAAAAAAUGAAUUUAUUAAUUAGAUAUCAAAAAUAUUAUAAGGCAAAACUAUUAGAGAAUUAGAAUUGACUUAUCUUAUUUCUAAAGUAAAAUAUGAUAUCUUUAUUAGAUUAUUUUACAAUCUAAACAUCUCAACACUUUAAAAGGAGACUAUUUUAUUGAAUAUUUAAAGUAAUUACAAUAGGUGAAAGCAGAAGAUGAUAUAACAGUAGAAGAUUUAUAAUAAUACUAUGAUAAUAAAGAGUAAUAUUUUAAAUUAAUUUAAAGUGCUGAAAAAGGAUUCUUCUAUUAUAAACAAUAAAGAAGUAAAUAAGAGUAGAUGAUUGCUCUUUUAGAAACUAAAGAAGAAAAAAUAGCUGAUUAUGAUGCACUUAAUGAUGGGACUCCUUAAAAAUCAGUUCAAUAAUAUUUGAUUAAGGGUGGACUUGUAAGAAGUCAUUCAGAUCCAGAUCCCUUAUAAAUGAAAAUGAUUGAGUAAGAAGAUGAAGGUGAAGAGUAAGAAAAUUAUGAUGAAUAAAAAUAAUAUGAACAAUAAUAUGAUCAAUAUAAUGAGACUGAAUAUGAGAAUGAUUUUUAACCUGAUUUAAAUGAUGCUUAGAUUGAAGAUGAUUAAGAAAUAUAAGUAGAAGAUGAUGAUGAAUAUAAUAUAAAUGUAGAUGGAGUAUUUGAAGAAGAUAAUGAUGAUGAAAAUGAUUAAUGGGAAAAGGUAGAAAAUCAUAAAGGUAAUUUCCCAGUUAGAUAAGAGUAUUUAAAUUAAUUUAAUAAUUAUUAGUCGAUAAAUACCUAAUAGUCGUCCUACUUCUAGCUAUAUUAAUAAAGUAAAUAGGAGUAAUAGCGAUAUUAAAGCUAGUCUAUAAUCAGAAUUACAUCCCACUAAAGAAGUUAAUGAAGAAGGUAUUAAAUGUAAAUUUUAAAUUCUGUAGAAUAUCAAGAAGAUCAAUUUGAAGAUGAAAAUUGA